AUGUCCUCCGACAACUCCCCCUCAUCUGCUGAAAACACCCUCGUCAACGAACCAGCCUCGCUCCCUAGUUACCUCCGCUCUCCCACCAUAUCAGAAGCAGGAGACUUCGAAGCCAUACUCUAUAACCAAGACGUCCCCAUGCUCAGCGCAAGGGGGCAAGAGUAUCGAAGGUAUCAGGCGCAACUCGACGCUGACGAGGCAGAAGAAGCAGCUGCGGCGCAAACCCCCGGAUCCCCCGUCAUAGAUAUAUCCACAUCAUCGUCGUCUUCCCCCUCACCACCCCCUUUGAUUCAUGAAACUAACGAAGGCGUCAUCUUCCCGGACAGGGAAACUUACCUUACUACCCCCGUCGCGUACAUGAUGGGACUUAUUGAGGGGACGCCUAACACAGAGUUUGUGUCAGGACCGACUAGGCCGGAGAUUCAGAGGGCGUUAGAGAUCUUAGAAGAGGAAAGAAGUUUCGUUCGACACGCACAGCGAGCCCUACAGAUCCGAGAGGGCACGAUCAUCGCCCGUAUUAAUGCUGGAGAACGAAAACUCAUGGGCUUGCAGAAUCUUCAAGACUCCUUUCAUCCUGCCGACGACCCCAUCCCCUCUACCGAGUAUCACAUGCCUACCACGGCUGUGGUAUCUCGUGCCUCGUCUUCGGCCUCAAAUGGCGCUCCGCUUCGCCCAAUGCCGGGGACUUACCCUACGAGGACUGACAGGGAACGAGACGUCUAUCGGUUCGCACAAGUUUCCCCCCGUUAUCACAUCAUCCCCGCGCGUCUCGGCCUCAUCCGCUCCUCGACACGAACCCGACCUCCUCUCCCCUUCACCGAAUACGACUCUAGCGAGUCCGACACCGCGCCCGUUAUACUCCGCCCUCGUGGAGCUUAA